AAAACGGGGUGAAUAAAAUCGCAGGGGUGAAUAGGUACAAAACUAAAAAUGUUUUUUUACAGACUAUAGCAAAAAAAUUUGAAAGAAAAAAGUUCCGAAAUUUAUAUUUUUUUAAAACUGCAGUAUAUAUUUUUUUUAAAUAGCAACACUGGAUUGAUGUGAGAUUUAGCCAACAUACUAAAAAAAGAUUUUGAAGUGAAUCCCCUUUAUGCAGGUUCAACGAGUUCUAGUAAAAUUAAUUUUUUUCAUUGUGAAACGAAGUAUUUUGGUGGCAUCACAACUGGUUAAUAUAUUCGUUGGUUGCUUGUCACUCAGAUUAAUAAAAAGGUACAUAUAAUUAUGCCGCGUGUGUAUAAACCUGAUCCUAGGGGAAAAAGGCAUAAAAAGUACGAUGAAAAUAUUAUAAAUGAAGCUGUUGCGGCAUAUGCGAAUAGCAAUUUCUCUUUAAAGGCCAUAGCUGAGAAAUAUGAUAUCGAUAAAUCUGUACUUUAUAGACACAGUGUCAAAACUAUGAAGAAACAAGGAGGGCAAACUAUUUUAACAGAAGAGACUGAAGAGUGCAUGAUAAAGUAUAUCAAUAUAUGUGCGGAAUGGGGAUGCCCUCUAGAUGCAUUAGAUUUGAGGUACAUUGUUAAGGCUUAUCUUGACCAAGUAGGCCGGACAGUGCUCAAAUUUAAACACAAUUUACCGGGACCCGACUUUGUCGCGAGUUUCCUUAAACGUCACAAAAACCAGAUUUCCCAAAGAUAUAGCCAAAACAUUAAAAAAAAAAGAGCAGAAGUUUCACCAGAUACGAUUAAAGAAUACUUCAAAGAGUUAGAAGUGUCGUUGGCAGGUAUUAAUCCUAGCAAUGUAAUUAACUACGAUGAAACAAAUUUGACCGAUGACCCAGGACGCAAAAAAAUUAUUACUAAACGAGGAACGAAGUACCCAGAAAGGGUAAUGAAUAGCUCAAAGUCGUCAGUUUCAUUGAUGAUAGCCGCUACAGCCGACGGCAGUUUACUGCCACCGUAUGUGGUAUACAAGGCUCAAAACUUGUACAACACAUGGACUGAAAACGGACCGCUAGGAGCAAGGUAUAAUCGCACGCAAUCUGGUUGGUUUGAUGCAACAAUUUUUGAAGAUUGGAUUAAAUCGAUCAUUAUACCUUAUUUCAAAGAUAAAGUUGGGAAAAAGUGCCUAAUAGGUGAUAAUCUAUCGUCGCAUUUAUCGAUGGAGACAAUAAAACUGUGCUACGAGCAAAAUAUAUCGUUCAUUUUUUUACCGGCGAAUAGUACACAUCUCACACAACCUCUUGAUGUGGCAUUCUUCAGGCCUAUGAAGAUAGCAUGGCGAAACGUAGUAUUAAAGUGGAAAAAAACCGACGGAAAAGCACAAGCAACGAUUCCAAAGGGAUGUUUCCCGCGACUUUUAAAUAAAUUAAUGGAAGAGCUUCGUAACAACAGUAAAGCUAAUAUAAUAGCAGGAUUCCGGAAAACAGGAAUAUACCCGAUUAAUGAAGACGAGGUUUUAAGCAGAUUACCUAAAGUGCAAAACAAUGAAAAUAAAACUGAAAUAGAAAAAUCCGUUCUAGAUCUGCUAAAGGAGAUGAGAUAUGGAACCAUGGACAUAACCGAACCAAAAAGGAAAAAAAAGUUGGAAGUAAUACCUGGACGAAGUGUUAGUAAUGAAAACGAAGAUUACAUAGAAGAGGAAAGCCAACAAAAAACAAAAAAGAGAAGACUAACAUCCAAAAUCAUACAAAACAACAAAGAAAAUACUACAACUAAAACUUACGAUGGCAAAGAAAGAAAUAAAUAUACGGGAAAAGGUGUAGCGAAAAAAACUAAAAGUCAAGAUCAGAAUAUUGCUGAAAAAGAAAAUAAACAAGAAAACGGACAAGACACUGAAAAAAUACAACUUGACACAAUAAAUGACUUAGAUUUUAUAGCAAACAAUUUCAUAGAAUCAAUGCCCAUAAUUAUGGAAGACAUGUUUUUAUGUGAAAAUGAAAUUGUUAUACAUGACAUACAAAUAAACGAGAUGCAAAAUGAUACCGGAGUAGAAAUGACGUAUAAACAAGAAAAUGCAACGGAAAAUAGUGAACGAAAACUGAAAAUUUUAUCUAAUAAAAAUAUGUCAGAUAUUACUACAAUGAAAACAGUUACUUUGAACAAAUGCAAAAAAAUAAAUAAAAAUUCGCAUCUUAAGAUUUUGGACGAUACAACUGAUAAUAUUGAUCGUCCUGGUCCAAGCAGUUUACAAAGUAUCCAAACUCGGCAACCAUCAUGUUAUUACAAAAACGAUGAUGAUAUUCUGAAAGAUUUAAUGAGUGACGAUAUAUAGGUAGGUAGUGACUAUAUCUGUGCUAUUGUUAAAAAGUGAACUGAUUGGUAUUUUAGUACCUAGGUACCUACCCAAUUUUAAAUGUUGAUUGUUGAAAAGUUAAUCAUUCAAAAUGUUUAACUACUAGGUAUAACCUAACCUAACUACCUAAAUAAUAAUGAGACUAUUCCUUAGAAUUAUAAGAUGUUUUUGUGUAAUCAAUAAACAAUGCAACUGGUUGAUCUCAAAUGAAAGAAUAAAUAAUUGAUCUCUUAGAUAAGAAUUAAUGAUUAAAAAGUUUCAUAAUUUUUACGUAUCGUUUUAUUUCUACUAUUAGGUAAUAUUUACUCCUUAACUACCUAAGUACCUAUUUUUUACACUUACGUUAACUACUUAGGUGUCUACUUAAGCUUUGGAAAUUGCCAACCCUAGCAUUUUUUUCUAUUCACCCCUUAUCUCGUGUCUAUUGAACCCAUGUGCGGGUCAAUAGAAACGUAACAUAUUUUUGCAUUUUGUGCUGUAAUUAAGGAAUAAAUCCCAAUUUAGAUGAUUGAAAAAUAUUCAAAUAGCAAGGAGACAUGAUAUAAGCACAAUAUAAUGUUCUCUCGACUAUUGAA